AUGGAUGAAGAAGAUGAGGAGAAAACAUCUUUUGUCACAGACAUGGGGACAUUUUGUUACCAGAAAAUGCCUUUUGGAUUGAAAAAUGCUGGAGCAACUUACCAGAGGUUACUGAAUUACGUGUUUGACGACCAGUUGGGUCGAAAUGUGGAGGUAUACGUCAACGACAUAGUAGUGAAGUCCAGAAGCAUUGAGGGCCACGCAAAGGACCUCGCUGAGACCUUUGCUAAGUUAAGAAAAUACAACAUAAAGCUCAACCCGGAUAAAUGUGUAUUCACGGUCAGAUCGGGAAAGUUCCUGGGGCAUGUAGUAUCCGAGAAAGGGAUAGAGGCGAACCCAGUGAAAAUCGAAGCAAUCAAAGAGAUGAAAGCACCUCGGUCGGUGAAGGAAGUGCAGAAGUUAAAUGGAUGCGUGACUGCGCUCGGGCGUUUUAUGAGUUGCUCGGCAAAAAGGUGUUUACCAUUUUUCAAAACAUUGAAAAAUACAAAGAAUUUUCAAUGGAAUGACGAAUGUGAGAAGGCGUUUGAAGAACUGAAGGUUUACCUUUGCACUCCGCCAGUGCUCGGUAAGCCAGAGCCAGGGGAGAUCCUGUACUUAUACCUUGCAGUGGCAGAUGAGACGGUAGCUGCUGUCCUGGUUAAGGAAGAGUUGGGUCUCCAAACACCAAUAUACUAUACUAGCAAGGUCUUGAAGGGACCCGAGGUACGAUAUGCAAAAAUCGAAAAGUUUGCUUUAGCACUCAAGUCGGCAGCAUUGAAGCUGAGGAGGUAUUUUGAGGCACAUGUAAUCGUAGUACGAACCAACCAGCCAUUAAAAAAAGCAUUACACCGACCAGAAACCUCGGGCAGAAUGGCUUCGUGGUCGGUUCAGAUGAGCGGAUUUGACAUCAAGUAUGAAGCUAGGGCGGCCCUGAAAGCACAAGUUCUGGCAGAUUUCGUGGCUGAAACGACUACUCACGAUCAACCAGCAGAAAUAGACACAGAAUUGAUAAGUUGGAUUCUAGAAGUGGAUGGGGCAUCCAAUUUAGAAGGGGCCGGAGCCGGUAUAGUCUUAAAAGGACCAAUGGGCGUUGAAUUGAGAAGCUCAGUGAAAUUCAGUUUCAAAGCGUCCAACAACGCGGCGGAAUACGAGGCACUCCUGGCCGGACUCCGGUUGGCCAACAUAGUCAAAGCAGAACAAGUACUAAUUAAGAGCGAUUCACAGUUAGUGGUGAAGCAAAUUUUAGGAACUUUCGAAGCAAAAGAUCCUGAAAUAAGGAGGUACAUGGAUAGAGCAAAGUAUUUUCUUGACCGAAUAUCCGAUCGUGGGGGAAAAUGGGAGUUUGAGCAAGUACCACGGUCUCAGAAUGAAGAGGCCGAUCUAUUGGCCAAGUCAGCUGCCCGAGGGGAGAGGCUAGCAGGAGUGCAUUUUUCCACACUCGCCCAAUCAAGUAUAGAUAACCCCGAGACAAUUUUUCUUACCCAACCAUUAGAUGAAUGGAUGGCUGGCAUUGCUCGGUAUCUCACAGAAGGGAGUCUACCAGAAGACAAGCGGGCGGCCUACAAAAUCCUAUGUCAAGCACCACGCUACGCCUUUUUAGAAGGGACCCUUUACAGAAAAUCUUUCCUCCGACCUUGGUCUCGAUGUUUGACCGCCGAAGAAGGAGAAUAUGUCUUGAAAGAAGUGUAUGAAGGCAUAUGCGGUUCCCAUAUCGCACCACGGUCACUAGUCAAAAAAGUAGUCCUGCAAGGAUAUUACUGGCCAUUGAUGCUUAAGCAAGCUGAAGAUCUGGUGAAAAAAUGCAACAAAUGUCAACAGCACCAGAAUUUAAGGCACGCCCCGGCCACCGAGCAGUCACCAAUCAUCAGUCCUUGGCCGUUCUCCACCUGGGGAAUCGAUAUCCUGGGUCCUUUCCCGCCAGCAACUCGGAAGAGGAAAUUCCUCAUCGUGGCGAUUGACCAUUUUACUAAGUGGGUCGAGGCAGAAGCAGUAAGCGACAUUACAUCUGCUCGGGUUAGAGAGUUCUUUUGGAAAGAAAUAGUCUGUCGAUUUGGGCUCCCACGAGUUUUGAUAGCUGACAAUGGAAAGCAGUUCGACUGCAAGAAAUUCAAGGCUUUCUGUGCCCGGUCAGAAAUCGAUCUCCGGUUCACUUCGGUGACACACCCACAAAGCAACGGGAUGACCGAGGUAACAAAUCAGACUAUUUUGAAAGGGUUGAAAACAAGGCUGGACGCCAGGAAGAAGAAGUGGGUAGAAGAGCUGCAGAACGUACUAUGGGCCUACCGGACAACACCGAGAGAAGGAACGGGUGAAACUCCAUUCUCUCUAACGUACGGAUGCGAAGCCAUGGUGCCAGUAGAGCUGGGUAUGCCUACUCUAAGAGUUCAGUUCUUCAAUAAAGCAACAAAUGAGGAAGAACAAAGGCUGAGUCUGGAUUUACUCCAGGAAAGAAGGGAAAAGGCCUCUGCUUAUAUAGAAGCGUAUAAACAGAGGAUGGCGAAGUACCAUAACAACCGAGUAAAGCCUCAGGUUUUUCAGCUGGGCGAUCUGGUGCGUAGAAGGGCGGAUAUCGGAAAAGGAAACGCUGGGGUAGGCAAAUUAGAAGCAAAUUGGGAAGGGCCAUACCGGGUUGUUCAGGUCGGCAAAGGGGGAGCAUAUCACUUAGCAUCUAUGUCUGGUAAGACUAUACCACGAACAUGGAACUCGCAAGUACUAAGGAAAUACUACCAGUAG